AUGUAUAUUCAGUUUCCUCUUCUUCAUCUUCUUCUCUCCUCUUCCUAUCUGCUGAGAUGCCCUAGCCAAUUACCCAACCCAGCAACCUUAACUCCACACAACGCUAAACGCGAACCCAUCCCUCCCAUCACCUUCGAGCUCCUCCUUCCUCUCUCCGUCAUCGAUCUAACUACCUCACCUCCGUCCAUCUCCCGACGCCGUCGCCGAAAUGAGCUUCGAAGCCACCGUCGUUAUCGUGCAGCUCUGUUCCACCAUCGUGCAGCUACUGUUUCAGCUUUGAAAGCAUCGUCGCGCAGCUCGGUUCCAUCGUCGCCGAGGUCGCCUCCUUUUUCCGUCGAGCAGCUCUGUUCCAUCGUCGCUGGCGCUAUCUCUGUUCCUUUUUCCUUCACGUGGAACACACUCAUAAGAGCAUAUGCUAGAACCGCAGAUCAAAAACACAAGUCCAUGGAACUUUAUAGAGCAAUGUUAAUGAUGGAACGAGAACAACAAAGUGCAGCGGUUAUUCCUGAUAAUUACACAUACCGUUUUGUAUUAAAGGCAUGUGCUUACUUGUUCUCUCUUUCUGAAGGGAAACAGGUGAAUGCUCAUGUAUUGAAACUUGGGUUUGAAUCGGAUACUCAUAUUUGUAACAGUUUGAUUCAUUUUUAUGCAACUUGUGGGUUUCUAGACUUGGCACACAAGGUGUUCGAGAAAAUGUCCGAGAGAAGUGAGGUUUCAUGGAACAUCAUGAUUGACUCUUAUGCAAGUGCUGGUGAGUAUGACACUGCAUUGAGAAUGUUCUAUGAGAUGCAGAGGAUUCAUGAUCCUGACGGUUACACCAUGCAAAGUGUGAUUAGUUCAUGUACUGGAUUGGGUGCUUUGUCUUUGGGUUUGUGGGCUCAUGCUUAUAUCUUGAAAAGCAGUGACAAGAACAUGAUUGAUGAUGUUUUGGUUAACACUAGCUUGUGUGAUUCCUUUAAGUAAACAAAUUAUAUGACUCCUAAACGAUUCUUAGGUUAACAUACUUGUGGAUGCUUCAGUAUGCCAGAUUUGUUACUAGGUCUAUGCAAUUCUCAAAACAUUUUUUUCUUAACCUUUUGGCCUGUUCUUGGUUUGAUUGAUGUCUUAAACUUCUAAUGACAUUGUUGCAGAAUGAUCCUAAAGUCCUUAAUUAUUAACCAAGCUCUGAAUGCUAUCUAAAAUACACCAACCAAAAUAUCUAUAAAUUGUUUUAAAUUGAUAUAACUGAUGUGAGUAUGUGACGAAUAAGCAUUGCAAGUAAGACAAGUGCAACUAAUAUGUUCUAAAUUCAU